AUGCUUAAGGGAGAUCCAGUGGGGAUCCUCGCUGCUGCAGAGGUCAUCCGGCACUUAGCUAAGCGCAGCGCGCGGUGGCGCGAGCACAUCACAGUGGCGGGAGGAAUCCCGCCUCUGCUCGCUUUACUAAAAGCUGCCCAGCACCCGGUUUUAGUGGAAAGUGCAGCAGCUGCGGUGCGGAAUUUGGCAAUUGAGGAGGUGAGCCGGAAGCUUCUGCAAGCGGCAGGGGCAGUGGGGCCGGUUAUAGCUGCUCUAGUGGAGGCAGGAGGAGGGGAGAUUAAGGAGGAUACAGGCAGUGAGGGGAGUGAGAGAGAGAGUGGGAGUUUGGGUUCGAGAGGGGAGCACAAGAGGAAGAGCCUCUCUCAUGGGGAGGGUUAUUUUGCAGGUGUUUCUGCAGGCACGGGUGCACUCGCAGGUGCAGUUUCAGGUGGUGGUGGUGUCGGGAGCAGCAGUGGUGAACCUGGCAUCACGAGAGAUUCGAAGCACCAGAAUCAGAGCGUUGUUGAACAUCUCUCCUCUGCUGACCCUGCUAUUGCUUGUGCUGCUGCUGCUGCUGCUGCUGCUGGUGGUGGUGGUGCUGCCGCUGGUGAAGAUGGAGUUAUGGCCCAUGCCACAACACACAGUGGCACCGGGGCUAGAUUCCCUGCUCCUGCUCCUGCUCCCCUCGGUGUGAGUUCCCCUGGAAGCACCAGUCAUCGGCGCGUGGCUAGCGCGAUACAAGGCUCCCUUGGAGUCCUCGCCAGCGGCAGCGGCAGCAGCAGCAGCUACGGCAGCGGCAACGAGACGUCGUUUGCCAUACAGGAGCAUGCAGCUGCCAUUCUCUUCAGCCUGGCCAAGAGCGACGACAUGAAGAAGGAGAUCGGGCGCCUAGGAGCCAUUCCGCCUCUCGUCCGCCUCUUCUCCUCCUCCUGCCCCACGCUCCCCCUCAACUCCCCUUCCUUUUCCUUCCACGUUGCCCCGACCCCUCCUCACCCUCUUCCACCGCACAGCAUCUCUCUCCGCGUGCUCUAUUACCUCUCAGUCUACCGGCCAAACAAAGCGCUGAUUGUGGCAGCGGGUGCAGUGCCGUGCCUGCUGUCUGUGGUCCGGGAGCAAGACUCCAAAUCCAUGCUUGCGGAUGAUUGCGUGUUGCUGCUCACAUCACUGGCCGCAGUGCGAGAAGGGCAAGAGGCGAUUGUGGAGAGCGGCGGGAUCGCAGUGCUGGGGAGGGUGCUGGAGGAUGGGACGAUGCUGGGGAGGGAGAACGCCGGUGCGGCGCUGCUGCUGCUGGCACGGGCGGAAGGGGAGUGGCUCAAGGGUAUAGUGGCGGAAGCGGUGCUGCCGUCUCUUCUGGAGAUUGUGAAUGGGGUGGGGCAGAGCAACCGAGCGCGGGCUAAGGACUCGUCCCCGCUCCGAUUAGGCUCGCCGUCCCUGAUAAGCCUAGGCGACGGGCAGCUGAAAAAAAUGGUCAAGCGGAUGUUUCCGCCGCAUCCGGGGGGGGGAUUCAAGGGGUUCUGGGGAGUGGGCGGCGGGGGAGGUGGGAGCGUGGGGAGCGGAGGCGGGGCUGGGGGGGGAGGAGGCGGGGGGAGUGUGAAGACGGAGGUGCUGGCGUUCGAGAUAGGCAGUGUGAUGAGACGGUCGCUGGAGAUUUAUGACUGCAUGGGAGAGAAGACACUUGCUUCCCUGCGAUCCAACCUCCAGGCACCUGGAGUGGUCACCCUCAUCUCCAGUGAUCUCAGACUGCUCUGGAACCUCGCAGGGGUGGAAAAGCUGUUGGAGCUGCAGCGGGUGGCGGCGCGAGUGGCAGUGCUGGGGCGCAAGUGCCGCAGUGCGCGCCUGCACACGCUCGGAGACCUCUUUCCGCUGCUGCUCUCCCCGGAUUCCGACCUCUCGCACUUCGCCGUCUCCCCCGCUGAAGCUGACGCACUCAUCAAGUUUAUGAGGGAGCAAGCAGAGGCGACAGAGCGACUCAAGUCAGAGAUGGAGGCCAUUCAACAGCUGCACCACCGCAUUCAGGAGUAUGGAGAGUGGAACAAGCUGCAAGACAUGGUCGCUCAGGUACGCCCUGCUGGUGCGGCAGGUGUGCUGGCAUGGAAACCCAGGUUCGGCAUGGUGGUGCGGCGCGGCAGGUAUGGCAUGGUAUCCCAGGCUCGGCCUGUGCGCUGCCCACGCUAUGUGCAUCCAUUCAGGUUGUGCCACGUGGCUCAGGGCAAGUCAGUGGAGAAGCUACAGUCGCACUGCCUCUGGUCCUUCGACCUUGAUUACCUGCUGCAGCUGCUAGUGGCAGCGCUCUGCAUGAUCCGCCGUCGCAUCUUCACGUCCUUCGGCCCGCCGCCCUCCUCCGCGUCCCCCUCGGCGCCGUCGCUGGCAGUGGGGUCGCUGGGCGCGUGGGGACUAGCGCUGCACUAUGCCAACGUGGUGGUGCUGCUGGAGAGGAUCAUCCAGCAGCCAGAUGCGGUUAUGGGUCCCACCAGAGACGAGCUAUACGACAUGCUCCCGCGCAGCAUACAGCACGCGCUGCGGUGCCAGCUACAGGACCCCGAGAACUUCCUCCCCGAUGGGCGAGUGGAGGCGAACCUCAAGCGCGGGCUGCUGCUGCUGCCUACCAUGGCUCACAACACCAUCUUCUGGCAGUCGCUGCACACACCGGGGACCCUCAUGGGGGCAGAUGAGGUCGUCUUUCAAGUGCAGACGUUCUACUACGCAUGCAAGGAGGCAGUAGACGCGGCUCUCAUAGACGUGCUACUGGGCCCGUCCAACAGCACCAUGCGCUGCAACAUAUGCGCCACCCAUACCCUCUCCAAACCCGCCCUGCCCUCCCUCUUUCCUUCCACCCCCUUCUCUCUCCACCACCAGACGUUCUACUAUGCGUGCAAGGAGGCAGUAGACGCAGCUCUCAUAGACGUGUUGCUGGGUCUGUGCCGCAUCUGUGGCGUGGAGGAGCCUAUCUCAGGGCCCUUCCCCCACAAUCUCCCCCUUCCCUUCCCCCACCACCACCAGACGUUCUACUAUGCGUGCAAGGAGGCAGUAGAUGCAGCGCUCAUAGACGUGUUGUUAGGUCUGUGCCGCAUCUGCGGCGUAGAGGAGCCUAUCUCAGGGCCCUUCGCGCCCUCCUACCCCAUCCCCGCCUCCCUCUCCUCCUCCUCCAACCCCUCCCCCUCCUCCACCUUCUCUCCGCGGUCCCUCGACUCUUCUACAGCCAGCAGCGGCGGCGGGAGCUUUAGGAAGGGCGGGGGGUACGGAGGGGUUGGGAGUGGUGACGGGAUUGGGGGGUACGAGGAGACGGAUGAGCAGUUUUUGGCGAAGUAUGGAGGGGGGUCGAGCAGGGUGCUUAGCAGUGCGGCUGCGGAGGGGGGGGGGGAAUGGUGGUGA